AUGCUUAUAAAAGAAUACAGAAUAUGCCUACCAUUGACCGUAGAGGAGUACCGGAUCGCUCAGCUUUAUAUGAUACAAAAGAAAUCUCGCGAGGAGAGCACCGGUCGUGAGAGUGGCGUGGAAAUUAUCAAGAACGAACCAUACGAAGAUGGACCGGGAGGCAAAGGGCAAUACACAUUUAAAAUCUAUCACGUGGGUAGUCACCUUCCCGCCUGGCUUCGCAACAUUUUGCCUCCUUCUGCUUUGCGUGUGGAAGAGGAAGCGUGGAACGCUUAUCCAUACACUCGUACCAUAUAUCGCGUCCCGUUUGUGGACAAAUUGACUUUGGAUAUUGAAACCCAUUAUUUUGACGAUGGGGGACAUCAAGAUGACGUCUUCAAAUUGUCCGAGGAGGAGAAAACGGCUCGUAUUGUCGACUUUAUCGACAUUGUCAAUGAUCCCAUUAGCCGAAGUGAGUACAAACCGGAAGAAGAUACAACCCUGUAUGUGUCCGAGGCGACUGGUCGUGGUCCACUUAAACCGACCGGGUCGUUGACCCCACUACCCAAACGCAUCAUGUGUGCGUACAAACUUUGCCGUGUGGAAUUUCGCUAUUGGGGUAUGCAAAAGCGAGUGGAACAAUUUAUUCACGAUUCUGCUCUGCGAAAAACCAUGGUCCGUGCACACCGACAAGUUUGGACAUGGCAGGAUGAAUGGUAUGGUCUUACAAUUGAGGAAAUCAGACGUCUAGAAGAGGAGACUGCCCGAGCAUUAGCCAGCAAAAUGGCAGAGAAUGCUCUGGGAAAUGAGUUAACCCCCGCUGCUCCGGUCGAAUAUGCGAACGGUUUGGAUGAUAAAACGUCUCCUACAGGAAUACCUCAGUCCGCCUCCUCUACCUUCCCAGAAUCCUCUUCCGGGGAAGAUGGCGAAUCUCUAUGGUCAACACACAGAGUACACAAUCGAACUCUGCAUGCAUACCGUUCCAAGCAUUCUGGCCUGAUAAGAAAUGACAACAACAACGACACUGCUGUCGGUUCGCUCCCAGAGCGGAUACAGCGAAUAAGAUGCAGUGUAGUAGACGGUAGCUGGGCAUACGCAAUACAUGUCCAAGCCUGCGAAGUCCACUAA